AUCACUAGUAAAUGAAUGGUGGCUUGCUGGCAGAAGUUCAGGUGGAACUGAAAAUACGAUAGAUGUGCUCAUUUUCGCGCAAGCAAUGUUUUCAAAAGGAAAUACGAAUCGUCCACGUCAAGCUGGCUUACACCAGUUUGGUUUGAUGGAUGUGCCAGACAUCAGCGGUAUGGAAGAUAACAUUUACGGCAAAGAUGAUGACGAUGGUGACUUUGAGGCAGAGCUAGCCGCCCUCACGGCUGGCCACGAAUAUGUUAGACCAAAGAGAAAGGCACCAAAACAAGACUUAUUCGUGGAUCUGUCAGACCUGGACAAGAUCGGAGAGGACAUUCCCGACGAUGAAUUGAGCGGGGGUGAUGAUGAUCCAGACCUUCUGGCGGAACUUGCAUCCUUGGAAGCUGAGGCGAUGCCCGCACCCAUAGCGCCACCUAUCCAGCCACGAUUGACCCAACAGCAUGCUGCUGGAGCACGGCCGGCGCCACCUAUACCUACUGCAGGAUCGCGACCGGCGCCACCUAUACCCACUGCAGGAUUGCGACCGGCGCCAUCUAUACCCACUGCAGGAUCACUGGUGGCGCCACCUGCUCCAGCUCCGCCUCAGCGAACCGCUGCAGGCAGGAACUCUCCCGACGCGGAAGACGCUGCUUCCGGUGCCACCGACAUCAUGACGUUGCUCACGCAGCGUCUGCACAUGUACACGGAGGCGGCAGGACACGCGAAGGCACUCGGCGAGUCCUCGAAGGCCCGGCGCUUCCAGCGAGGCAUCCAGCGCUGUUCUCGUAUCGUCCGCAUCGCUAUAGCGCUGUUCGCUUGUUCUCUCGGCGCAGUGAGCAGACAGGAGCAGCAGAUGGCGUUCCUCGUCGAGCGACACAACCUAUUCCGCGAGGCGGCCCUCGACGCGAAGCGGCACGGCGAGCUGACGCAGGCCAAGGAGCACCUGCGCAAGAUGAAGGGCUUCGAGCCGAUGAUGGACGCAUGCCGCAACGGCCUGCCCGUAGACAUGUCAAAGGUUCCCGUGCCACCUCAGCUCAAGGUCUCGCCUUCGUCCGACAUGCCCACCCAGUCCGUCGCUGGUUCAGGGGAGAGUGACAGGGAGAAGUUGUACAACAAGCUGGAGGAGCAACUUAUUCAGCAGACGAAGGUUUGCUCUAAGAACAGUCAGCACUACAUGCAGCUUGGCGACGUGGGCAGCGCGUCCAAGUACGACAAGAUGGCCGAAGGUUGCAAAAAGGACCUUGAUGCUCUGAGACACGCGUUCAAACAUGGUGACCCGGUGCCGAAGUUCCACUACGAUAACAGGACGAUGUCGGUGGUGCAGUCGUGUCUUGACCUUGGAGAUAACGACAUGGAACUCAUCAUCGUUAGAGGCAUCAACUACAGUUCAUCUACGGCGCCAAAGGACUUGGAUACAUAUAUUCGAUGGGAGUUUCCCUAUCCAUCCGAUACCCCUCCGCAGGGAAAGAUUUCCACCGUGAAGGACACGAACAAUCCCGAAUACAAUGCUAAGGUCAAGCUUCAGAUCAACCGAAAGUCGCGCAGUUUUCUCAGGCUAGUCAAACGUCACUACAUCAAGUUGGAAGUGUUCGCGAAGGGGGGUUUCCUGAGAGGUGAUACUUCCCUCGGUUCUGUGAAGGUUCCGCUACAGCCACUUGAGACGCACUGCAUCGUUCAUCAGAGUUACGACAUGAUGGAUGGAAGAAAGGCGGUCGGAGGUCGUGUGGAGGUCAAACUGCGCAUACGUGACCCGUUCGUGAGCAAGCAGGUCGAGGAGACCAAGGAAAAAUGGCUCAUCAUCGACCAAUGGCUGCGCAGCAGCCCGUCCAAGGGUCCACUACAAACACCGAUGUAAGUGCAGGUGCUUCUGCUAUUCAUGUGCAUGCAUGUGUGUGUGUGUGUGUGCAGUUGUGAUGUGCGCUUACUACUCCACCGCCCUCUAUACGCCCGACAGUCGGAUUUCCAGGAUUAGCAACGUCCACACUAGGUGGUGCCACUAGCACCGUGUUGGCCGUGUGACGUGUACGUGUUGUGUGCAGUGCUUCGUGUUGUGCUCCUGGCACCGCCGUAGAUCUGCUGAACUCACGAAUAUGGAGAGAUUUGUCAUGCAGACGCCUGCACCGCAUACUACCUACUAUUGUUUCUGUGUUUAUUGUGGAACCACUUGAUAGAAGGUCUGCGAACAUUGAAUUUCGGCAUUAAGGUCAGGUAUCGACUCGUGUGCUACACGACUCAAAUCCCUGAUAUUCUAACGGCGCACCGAAAUGGCUCAAUCGGGUAGCAUUCAUAUUGUCGCUUGUUACUCUUCUCUUAGUUCCUUCUCUCCUCGUGGAGAAUAGGGUUGGAAUGCAUUGCACUGUCGCUUGUAAUGGUAACCACACGGUAAAUGCUCCGGAUUGUAUGGGAUAGAUGCCGGGCGGCAAACACUAACAUAUCGAGUAUGAAUGCGUUGACAACGCGCGCGCGUACAUAGGACGUGGCUUUUGUUGUGCCUUGCGUGCGGGGGUAUGUUGUGAAAUACGACCGUUGAUGUGUGUGUCUGCGUUUAGUGUGCGUUGCUGUGUUAGACGUGUAGGACCAGAUGACCAUCAUGUAGUGACCACACCUGUGAUACUGGUGUUGUGUCGAUCAGCACUAGCUGAUUUGCACAGCACACGCGUUAAAGAUUAGCCUACCUCAUGAACUGCUUGCCAACAUAUGCGUGGCAGCGGUGGCAGGCAGUGACGUCGAACUAUGUGGUUGAAGUGGUGGCUUAGCGUUUCUUACAGACAUGUCUGUAUGUAUGUUCAUACUGUUGCUGAUGGUGUCUGUGUGAACAGUGCAUGGAACAUGUAGUGAUCGUGUGAGCACUUGCAAUUUUACUGUAUUAGGCACAUGAAUUAUGUUAAUUUGGCUAGUGUAUAAUAUCAAAUAGCUGCCGUCUGUAAAUCUAUUCUUUUAUUGACUGCACCACUUUGGUGAGUUAGAUAAUAUAUUCAUAUAGCAUGUAUAGUGUGAUAUUGUAUUAAAUUCGUAGCGAGUUUGUGUACAUUUUUUGAAGUUUUGCAUAUAGAGAAAUUGUGCUGUUUUGUGGUGAUGACAAUUUUAUCCUGGCGCUGUGCCAUUGCCACAGAAAACAAGUUUCAUAUUAAUAAAUUUUAGCUUUACUGUUCA